GCCUAACUCCACGCCAGCUCACGGGUCGCGGCUCACUUGAGGCUGAACUUUACCGAUUUGAACUUUCUGAACCUCUCGAUGUCGAACCGCUUGAGCAGCUGGAACCACUCCUCCACCAGCCGCUUUCGAAUUGACAUGUCGAGCCGGUCACGUCGCUCCGGCGCAGCCGACUCCUGGUAGAGCGCGGCGACUACCAGCGCAUCUGCGGGCCGCACGACGAUGAAGGCCGGCGAGUCCUCCCCUUUGCGGUGGCCGUACACGACCACAUAUCUGAGGGGGCGGCCGAAGGGGUGCCGCCGCUCAAGACCCAGAUCGUGGAGCGCGUCGAUGAGAAGGUAGUCCUUGCCGGUGUCGAUGGGCUGUGUGGCGAGGGCGCGCAGCUUGGCGUCCAUCGGGCCUUCGUAUGUCAUGAACAUGUGGCUGUGCGGGUAGUCCUCGAAGGGCAGGGUGUGGCGGAUGGCGAAGGAUGUGAAAGAGGGAUAAACGAGCGACUCGCAGCGGACCACCGGAUCGCUCGUCGAGUACGAGGCCUGUGCAUAAAGAGUGAAAGUUAGGUGCAGUGAGAGACACAAUCAGAACCAACACGCAACAAACUCACCUUGUAGGGGUGACCGGCCGGUAGGCUGGUCAAGGGCACGAUCUCAAAACCCUUGCCGCGCAGUCGAUAUUGGUCGCCUUGGUGAGUGUUGGUGUCGAAGUACGUGUCGAAGUGGCUACGGUCAGACGCUUUGGCCGACUGCUCAGCGCCCCUGCCGUCAUCGCCCUCGUCCUUGGCUGCAAGCAGAGAAGCAUCAUUACACAACACAUGAUCAGAAGGCGCGGUGCGGUGCGGUGUGUGGUGCAAUGAGAGAAAGGGGAGGCCUUCUCGUGUCUGUGCUCACCGCGUGUCAUGAGCAUCGCCCGACGAUCCCUCAGGCUCACCCUGCGCGCAGCCAUGGGACCCAUGUGUGUGUUGCCUUGUCUUGUGUUGUGUAUGUGCCUGCCUUCCUACCUCUGCGACGGGUCGAGCUCGAUGACCUUAUUGACGUCGGAGAGGGCGAGCCGCCACUUGCCCUGCUUCUCGUAGGCGCCGCUGCGACGCUGGUAGGCCUGCGCACGGAACAACGUACACACACGACGUAGACAGAGUAAGCGUGUGCCUGACCUUGAUGUAUCGUGGGUUGUUGAUGACGGCACUGGUGCAGUCGACGACGGCCGCGGCGUAGUUUCCCUGCUGUAUGUGACAGGCAGCCCUGAGCAAUGAUUCGAAAAACAACACAUCACCCAACCCACCCAACAGGCAGGGAGACCCACACUUUCUCUCUCCCCUUGCCCUGCCCGCACACACCUGUUGGCGAGUAUGAUGGCCUUGAAGCCCUUCUCGUCGUGAGGGCACCUAUCCGAUGCAUCUGAGAGCACAAACAAGCCUUUGCUCCGUGUUUCCCCGAGACCCCCAUCACACACAAACUUGCACCCACUCACUUCACUCACCUGUGUAGAGCUUGAUGGCGUCGUCGUAUCGCCCCUCACGGUAGUGGACGUUGCCCGCCUCCUUGAGCCGCUCGCACGCCGCUCUGUCCACCACCACCAGGGUCUGAGGCCGCCCAUUGUUGGUCAGCAGUUGCCCGAAUGUCUUGUAGAUGCCCAUGGCCAGCGGCAGCUGUUUGAAGGCUGUCGUGCUGGGGAUGGUGUCCAUGAUGCCCUUAGGCGGCAGCCGUAUCGGCAGCUGCUCCACCACCUCGAAGUUCUUGGCCACACGGGCGUACGGCGCCAUCGACGGCCACACGGCCGCCCCUUCUUCAAAGACCCAGGCGCAGCGGGAGAGGUAGCCGAAGUAGGUGAGCCCAUCGGGCAUCACCACAUCAUCAUGUGCAUCUGUCGGGGCGCUCGUCGGGGCGGCUCCAUCUGCCUCAUCAUCCUGAUUGCUGUCCUCAUCUUGAGGCUGCCGCUGGACGUCGAAGAGUCCGUCGAGGCCGUGGCGGGUCAGUGAGCCCUCGAUGCGGCGGAGCAUCACCGUGCUGUCGAUGAGAGCUCCCUCAGUGCCGGAGAUGCAUCUGAAGGUGAGCAUGUCAUGGAUGGUGCCGAAGCGGCUGCUCCGCCACAGAUCCAGGGGCACCUGGUACGACAUGAGGACUGCGAGAAAUGCACGGGAGAUGCGAAAAGAGAAAUGUCG